GCCUCUUGAGUGUUUGGAAGUGGAGUCGACGCCAUUUUGUAUUCGCCGUUUUCAAGGUGAUAGAGAGACUGCGGAACUGCGAGUGGCUUAUUUCCCUACUAGAGUUACAAACAAAACACCGUUGACUUUUACUCAUUUUUAAUAGUAAGCUCCUGUUUUUGAAGCCACUUUUUUGAACAGCGGCAAAAUCCAGACUCUGACAGGCAGACAGAUCUCCACUGAACCACAUACAGGCAAUGGAUUGGUCGCCCAUCUCCAGCUUGAUGGCCUGCAGCAACAUCACCAACAAGAAUGACCCGCGCUCCCUCAACUCCCGCGUCUUCAUUGGGAACCUGAACACGCUGCUGGUCACCAAGGCUGAUGUUGAAACCAUCUUUGCCAAGUAUGGCAAAAUUGUGGGCUGCUCGGUGCACAAGGGCUACGCCUUUGUGCAGUACUCCAAUGAGAGGACUGCCCGUGCUGCCGUGGCUGGAGAGGAUGGCCGCGUGCUCGUGGGGCAGGUCCUAGACAUUAACCUAGCUGGUGAGCCAAAGCCUCAUAGAUCAAAGACAGGAAAGCGUGCAGCUGGAGACAUGUACAGUUCAUCGUUUGACCUGGACCUGGACUUUCCAAGGGAUUAUUAUGACAGGAUGUAUUCUUACCAGUCCAGGGUCCCCCCACCACCUCCACCUCCUCCUUCAAUGUCCCGCCCUGUCAUCCCCUCCAAGCGUCCCAGGGUCAGUCUGAGUGGAGCUGUGAGCAGGAGAACCAAGGGCAGCUCCUCUUCCUCUAAAAGCGGCCAGAAGACGUCACGUCCCAUGAGGGUGGACGAUCUUUACUCUGUCAAGAGAGAGCUCACACAGAUCAAACAGAAAGUGGACAGCCUGCUGGAAAGUCUAGAGUACAUGGAAAAAGUGAUGAGCAAAAAUUCUGACCUAAAGGUCGAGCCUGGCGAGGUGUCUCCUCAGCACUCAUCCUGCUCCAGCAAGAAGGACUACGGCCUGAAACAAAGAGGAGAGAUUAAUGACUCUGAGGAGGAGGAAGGAGAUCUACUGCUGGAGGAUGAGUAUGAGGAGGAGGAGAUGAAAAACACAGAAGUGGAGUUGAAGGAGGAAUGUGAGCAGGAGGAAGGCGAGGACGACGGUGACAGCAUCAAUGGAGAGCAGUCCUAAAAUCACCACAUGCACUCAAGCACGUGCACAGCUCUUCUCUUGUCUAUACUCACAAUUUCUUCCCUCUUCAUGUGCUUGUUUCUGCUGACCUGACGACCAGACGUUUGUUUACAGGACUGUAGUUAGAAAUGUUUGUCUACAAUCACACAAAUUCUUCAGAAUUUGAUUUUAUUUGUUUGCUUUGUCCUUUGGAUUCUUUAUUUUAAGGGAAUAUUUUGACACUGGAUGAAUUUGUUGCAUUUUAGUUAAGUGUGAAAAGUAAAAUACUCUGUUUAAACAAUAAAGACAUUAAAACCGUUGC